AUGACCGACAUUAUUUUGCAGUUUUGUAAGGUUGUGGAUCACAUCGCGUCGCUUGUAAUUCUUGAGGAAUCGGAACAAAGGAUAAUCAGGGGAAAUCAGACAAUGUUGAAGCCACGUCGUCCAUGUACAGUAUGCGGCAAGUGGACAACAACGCUGUACAUGCACAUGAUUUACUCUCAUGACUGGACAGAUAAACAAGUGAACGAGCUGAAGAAGACGAUUAGAAAUGAACGCCGUAAGACGAUUAGAAAAGAAUUCCUGGAACAGAACAGCACCGAAGUGAAUAUUUUCUUUGCUGGAAUAUGCGAGGAAAUCAUGACGUCUUUAAUGGAUUUAUGGGAAAUGGUCACGGAUCUCCCUCAUAUGAGGGAUCUCGAGCUGACUCUGAAGAAGGCGAAACCGCCGAAACGUCAGCUGUUGCACACUUCUUCUGCCUCCCUCUGUACUCAUUUGGCGAGAUUUCAAGGCUCAAGUGAGCAGAGAAUAGCCAGGUUUAGUCCAUCGAAGAUUGCAAAGGACAAGGAGUUCAUAUGGUUUCUGGAAGGAGGUCGGCCAGUCAAUACCAGACAACUCCCGCCCCGUCCACUAUAUAUGCCUGCCCUACCAGACCAACUAAGCGAAUCGGCGAAAGGAUCCGUAAUCUGUCCUGUACCACGCUGUACAGGAAGGUUCACAAAUCACGACAGUUUAUGCUAUCAUUGCAUGCUGGAACACGCUGAACUUGGAGCUGCUGGCACGCCUCAGAACUUUGCUAUAAGACAGUAUCGAUUCGACACCAUAGAAGAAUAUAAGACCAAUGAGUAUAGCGACGGAAGCAUCGACGUCACUUGUUGUUUCGGCCACAUUUUUCAUGACCUUGAUCCAACUGCCUUGAGGUUAAAUGAAAGACAAUGCGACGUUCUGCGGAAACUUCUUGAACAGCACGUAGCGAUUAGUGACAUUUGUGCUCAAAUGAAGAGCGAAUAUCCACCAAUAAAUCGCCUCCAUUACACGACCACAAAUGAUAUAAGAAAUCUUGCCCUUCGACUGGGUUUGCCUAUUCGGGUGAAAGAGAAGAAGGCAUUACGAAAUAGCCUUAAUUAUAACGCUAAAGAGUGCGCUGAGAAAGUGCAAGAAGUGAAAGACAGCACGGUGAUAUCCGACCAUUCGGAUGAUUGUCUGUCGCUUCAUUCGGAUUCACAAGAUGAGUAUAAACUUGAAUUUGACGGUCGAAGUGAUGAGGAGCCACUGGAAUAUGAUCCAUCAGAUGACCAGGUAUGGUUUGAAACUAUAUCCUAG